AUGUCUUUGGUGCAGCACGUCUCUGCCAUUGACGGCAUUGAUCGUGAACCUGAGCCAGAUAUAGCUGAUGACUGUGAUUUUACCCCUAUCCGCCGAAAAAUCAGUUACGAUGUUCUCCAUCGUCCCACUGAGCCGAUCCCGGUCGCAGAGUUGCGGCCCGGAACACCAGCAUAUAAACAUUCCACUGCAAAACGAAUAACUCAGGUUGUCGUUACGGUUCUCGCGUGCUGGGCCGCCUCGGGGAUCGUGUUUGGAUUCGCCGCGCUCAAGCCCGUUCUGGUCGAGGAGGGCGUUUACCACGAGCGCUGCACGCCCUCUGAGAUAGACGAGGGGCUGGAGCUGUGCGAUCAGCAGGAUCUUAGCCUCAACCUAUUUUUCACUAUUGCAUCUAUCACGGCCAAUGUCUCCGCUCUGCCAGUUGGCACGAUCUUAGAUCGAUGCGGGUCCCGCGUCUGCUGGUUUAUUGCCUCCUUUCUGCUUGCUAUAGGCGCUGCCCUCAUGGCGGCUGCGUUCGAUAUCCCCAGCUUCGAUGGCUAUAUCCCCGCGAACUUCUUUCUCGCUUUAGGUGGUACAUUCUUGUUUGUUCCCUCGUUCCAGAUUGCGAAUGCAUUUCCCAGGUAUGCUGGAUCAAUCGUUGCGUUGGUCACUGGUGCUUUCGAUGCCUCUGCUGCUGUGUUCCUCUUCUACCGAUUGUUCUAUGAGGCGUCGGGCCGAUCUUUCACACCGCAAAGAUUCUUCCUGGGAUAUCUGGUUGUUCCCGCAUGUAUUCUCAUUGCACUGGUGACAGUGAUGCCAGUGCGGGAUUAUGUCUCGACCCUGCAAUUGGAAAACAGGAUAGAGAGGGCAGAAGAUGCCACACGUGAUGUCCAUGACUCCGACGAUGAAAUCGAGAGCACAUCAGAGCUGAAUCAGGUACGAAAGAAGCGAGCGGAGCGAAGACGAAAGAAGAUACGCCAAAUCGAUGCCAUCCUCGGCGAUAAAGAUGAGCGAGAGAUGCGUGCACACCGAGAGGAGGACCGCCAUCGGACGAGUUGGGUCUGGGGCGUAUUGCACGGUCUGCCGGCGCAUAAGCAGAUGGCGACGCCGUGGUUUAUCCUGAUUACUUUGAUGACAGUUCUGCAGAUGAUACGCAUGAAUUACUUCAUCGCGACGAUUCGAUCGCAGUAUGAAUUUAUGCUCGGAUCGAUCGAGCAGGCGGACAGAAUUGGCGCGUUUUUCGACGUCGCAUUGCCGGUCGGAGGUGUUGCUUUCACACCUGCAAUCGGGGUUCUUCUCGAUCGCCUCAGUGUGCCAGCGAUGCUGGGCUUGAUUGUGUUCUUCACCACAGUCAUCGGCGUGCUCAAUUCGAUCCCGGCGGUAUGGGCAGGAUACAGCACCGUUGUGCUCUUUGUCCUACUCCGACCCCUUUAUUAUUCUGCCAUGUCUGACUAUACAACCAAGGUCUUUGGGUUUGCCACCUUUGGACGUGUUUAUGGCGCUAUUAUCUGUCUCUCGGGGAUCGCGAACUUUUCCCAGUACGGUCUGGAUGCAUUGACCCAUAAUCGAUUUGACGGAAACCCAAUUCCCAUUAACGCGGCCUUGGCAAUUGCAGGUUUCAUUGUCGGGUUCGCACUCGUGACCUUCGUUCUCGUGGCCGUCAAACAACUGGGUGGCCAAAAACGGGCAGUUGAGGAAGAACGCGAGAGACUUCUCUUAGAGGAGGAGGAGGAAGAAGAAGAUGAAUACGAGGAGGAAAGUUACCGUGGGUCGGUUUAG